AUGAGCUCGCAAGUUGGCAGCGCACAGAAGAAAGUACAGUCCGAGUUGCCAGAGACACCAACCAAGGCCGGCCAGCCCCUUUCAGAGUCCAAGCUGGACACUUCGGCACCACGCUCCAUCCCAGAUAUCAACGACUCAGAAACGCAAUCCCAAGAUGCCGAUGUCUCCAAUUCCGGCGAGGGCGAGGAGGGCGAGAUGGUACCGGCCGCAGGCCGUAUCAAUGAGAAGGGAGAGGUAAUUGACGACGAUGGCAAUGCAAUUGGCAGGGUCACAAAGGGCAGCGCAAAAGACUUUGUAGACUUUGUCGUUACCCAGGAAGGUGACAUCCUAGAUUCCAAUGGUGGUGUUGUCGGCAAGGCUGAGCCGCUGGAAGACGUUGCCUCCAGACUCGAUGACCACUACACCACAACCUCUAGAGAGCACGUUGACACAGUGACGGGCGCUGCGGGCGAUGAGACGCCGAGCGGCGGUGGUCUCGGCGGUGCAUUGGGCGGAGUCGGCAACUUGGCCAAGGGCGCAACCAGCGGAAUCGGCAAGACGGCCAAGGGUCUCACGGGUGCCGUUGGUGAUACAACCAAGGGUGUCACGGACACGGUCGGUGGCGCGACGGGUACCCAGGAGGUGACUGAUAAGCUGGGUGAUACGGUCAAGGGUACCACAGAUACCGUUGGCGACACCACCGAGGGUGCCACUGGCGCAGUCGGUGAAACCGCAAAGGGCGUCACCGACACAGCUGAUGAAGCCACAAAACCCGUCACCGACACUGUAGAUGACGCCACGGGUGGUGUUACUGGCAAGGUCGGCGAGACGGCCGAAGGCGUAACCGAGACGGCCGGUGAGACUUUGGAAGGUGCCGGCGACAAGGUUGGCGAGACUACCGAAGGCGCUACGGACACACUCGGAGAAGGUGUCGAGGGUGUCAAGGGCACUGCAGAGGAGGGCGUCGAGGGCGCCAAGGACACUGCAGAGGAGGGCGUCGAGGGCGCCAAGGACACUGCAGAGGAGGGCGUCGAGGGCGCCAAGGACACUGCAGAGGAGGGCGUCGAGGGCGCCAAGGAUACUGCAGAGGAAGGUGUCGAAGGCGUCGAGGGCGUGAAAGACACCGCCGACGAAGGUGUGGAGGGCGUCAAGGACACCACCGAGGAGGGUGUUGAAGGCACCGAAGGCAAGCUUGACGAGACUGCCGAGGGUGCCGAGGGUGCCGUCGAUGAAGCGGGCGAGACCAUUGAGGGAGCCAAGCCUGCUCUCGAUGAAGAUGGUAACCCCAUUGAAGGCGCCGAGGGUGCCAUCGGUGAAGCGGGAGAGGCCGUUGAGGGAGCCAAGCCUGCUCUCGAUGAAGAUGGCAACCCUAUUGAAGGCGCCGAGCAAGCCCUUGACGAAGCUGGCAAGCCCAUCGAAGGUGCAGAGGGUGCCGUCGACGAGGCCGGUGAAGCUGUCGAAGGUGCCAAGGGUGCUGUCGACGAGGACGGCAACCCCAUUGAGGGUGUCGAGGGCGAAAUUCCACUCGAUGAAAAUGGAAAUCCCAUCGAAGAUCUGAAGGCGCCCAUUGAGAUCCCGGAAUUCGCUCCCACUGUUGCUGGCAAGGUCAUUGCCAUGUUUGAGGGCCCCUUCACCGUGGCCGAGGAUGGCCAAGUCACCGAUCAGAAUGGCAAGAUCCUUGGUAACCUUGCCAAGGAUACCGAUAUCCAGAAUCUCAUCGGCAAGGAGAUUAAAGGAAUCGACGAACAUGGCAACUUGCUCGGCGACAACGAAACUGUCCUAGGCAAGGUCGACCUCGUCCCUGAGGGCACCAUCGUAGAGCGCAUCAAGGACGAGGUUCCCGAGGCUGCUGAGCGUUUGGAUGCUCUCGAGGAGGCUAAGAACAAGCUCCCCGAUAUCUCCAUCUUGGAAGGUCUCACCAUUAACAAGGCCGGCAACGUUGUCGACGACAAGGGCAACGUCAUGGGUCGUAUCAAGAGCGGCGAGCUUAAGAAGCUCAUUGGCAAGCAGCCCGACGAGAAGGGUCAGAUUUGGGAUGGCCGCGGCAACGUCAUUGGCGAGGUUGAGGUUGUCCCUGACGCCAUUGAGAAUUUGGCUUCACCUUUCGAGGACUUCCCUGACGCCAUUGUGGACAAGAACGGCGUCGUCGUCUUUGAGGGUCGCCAAGUUGGUGUCGUUUCUGAAGGCGACAUUGAGAAGCUGAUUGGCAAGAAGGUUGAUGCUGACGGCGAUAUCCUUGACAAGAACGGCAACGUCAUCGGCAAGGCCGAAAGGAAGGAAUUUGAAGAGCCUGUUGCGGAGCCCGAGCCCGAGCCCGAACAGACUGACUACUCCAUGCUCAAGGACAAGAAGAUCAACAAGUUUGGCAACGCUGUCGACGACAAAGGCCAAGUCUGGGGACGUGUUGUCCAGGGCGUUCUCAAGAACCUCAUCGGUAAAAAGGUCGGAGACAAUGGUGAGGUCUUCAACGAUGCCGGAAAGGUUAUCGGCAAGGUCGAGCCUGUUCCCGAUGAGGAGCGUGAGGACUACAAGGAGCCCUCACCAUUCGAGGACUUCCCUGGCGCUACCGUUGGUGAUGAGGGCAAAGUUCUGUUCAACGGUGAACAGGUUGGUAUCGUUGUGGAUGGUGAUGCCAAGAAGCUGAAGGGCAAGCCCGUCGAUGCCGACGGUGACAUUCUUGAUAGAAAUGGUAACCUGCUCGGCCAUGCAGAGCGCUGGGAGAAGCCUGAAGAAGAACCCGAGCCCGAGGUUGACAACUCCUCCCUCGCUGGCAAGCGCAUCAACAAGGCCGGUAACGCGGUGGAUAGCCAUGGUGACAUCUAUGGUCGCGUCAUCGAGGGUGACCUCAAGCGUCUGAUUGGCAAGAUGUGCGACAAGCAAGGCUUUAUCCGCAACGAAGGUGGUGAUGUUAUCGGUAAGGCUGAGCUCAUUCCUGAGGCCGAGCGUGAGGGCCUUAAGGAAGGUCCCUUCACUGAGCUUCCUGGCUGCACUGUCAACAAGGAGGGUCACGUUGUGACUCCCGGUGGCGAUAUUGUUGGUCGUCUUGUCUCUGGUGACCCAAAGAUUCUCUUUGGCCGUGCUGUUGACGACGAUGGUGACAUUUUGGACAAGAAUGGCAACGUUCUUGGCCACGCCGAGCGUUGGGAACCCGAGGAGGUUGCCAAGGAUGUCAACCCCAUGUCCGGUCGCAAGGUCAACCGUGAGGGCAACGUUGUUGAUGAGAACGGAGAUAUCAUCGGCAAGCUGACCAGCGGUGAUUUGAGCAAGUGCGCCGGCAAGAAGAUUGACGAUGACGGCGAUGUUGUCGACCAGAAGGGUAGCAUCGUGGGUCAUGUUUCUCUGCUCGAAGAUAUUCCCGAGCCCGAGCCCGAGCCUGUAGAGGAAGAAUCAGAGGAGGACCGCCAGAAGCGUUUGCAACUGGAGCAGGACCGCAAGAUUGCAGCACAGAUUUGCGUCUGCAUUGAGCAUUCUCUUGACAAGAUUCGCCCAAUCUGCAAGAUGAUCAUGGAGAACAUCGACAGAGCUGAACGUACCCCAGAGGACGAGCGUGAUGAGGAGGAACUCGUCAAGGUCGUGAAGCCUCUCAUUGAGGAGGGUGGUAAGAUCUUGACUGAGGCAAACGGUGUCAUUCGUGGCCUCGACCCUGACGGCCGUAUCUCUGCCAAUGCCAAGCACAAGACAGCUGCUCGCGAGGCUACUCCCGAGGAGUAUCAUCUUGCAGAUCUCCUCAAGGAGCUGACGGGUACCGUCACGGAGACCAUUGAGAAUGCCAAGCGCAAGCUUGAGGACAUGAAAUAUGCCAAGAAGGAACUUAACCCUCUCUGGGGUCUUUUGGCUGAGCCUCUUUUCCAGAUCAUCGCCGCUGUUGGCUUGUUGCUCAGCGGAGUGUUAGGUCUUGUUGGAAAGUUGCUGAAUGGCCUUGGACUGGGUGGACUUGUCAAUAACCUGCUUGGCGGACUUGGUCUCACCAAGGUUCUUGAUGGUCUCGGACUUGGAAGCAUUGUCGGAGCUGUCACUGGACAGGAUGACAAGAAGAAGAAGGGCAAGAGUGGUGGCAGCAAAUUCCUUGGAAUCAUUUGA